AUGUCUGACUCCGAUGAGUUUGAGUACGAGUCGGAUGAUGAUCCCUACGGCGGUGCCGAGGAGGAGGAUGGAGAUGAAGAGGCCAUCCAGAUCGAGAACACUUUCUACGAGGCUGACGACAACAAGCAGAACUACCCUGAACAGGCGCUCGAGCAGUUUCAGAAGGUGGUUACUUUGGAGACAGCUCGGGGUAGUGAGGUGGUUUGGAGGUUCAAGGCCCUUCAGAACAUUGUGAUCUUGUGCGCCCGGACUGGGAGAUUUGAGGAUAUGGCAACCCGGUACCGGGAGCUUCUGAGUUACAUGGACCAGGUCACCCGAAAUGAUGCCAGCGAGGCGAUCAACACGGUGCUGGAUUCUGUGUCGUCGGCCAGUGACUUGACAAAGCUCGAGACGAUUUACGAGCUGACCCUCGACGCCCUGAAAGCCACUGCGAACCAGAGGCUUUGGUUUAGCACCUCCGUGAAGCUUGCGAAGCUGCACCUCGAAAUAGGAGACGUCCAGAAGUUGCAGCGCCUCGUGAAGGCGUUGCACAGGACUUGUCAGAAGCCAGACGGCACCGAUGAUGUCAGCAAGGGCUCGCAUCUGCUGGAAGUCUAUGCGUUGGAGAUCCAGAUGUGCACGCUCACGAAGAAUUCCAUGCGGAUGAAGGAGAUCUACCCCAAGACCAUUAACCUCACGUCUGCCAUUGCGGAUCCGCGAAACAUUGCGGUGAUUCGGGAAAGCGGCGGCAAGAUGUUCAUGAGCGAGAAGAAGUGGGAGGCAGCUUACAAUGAGUUCUUUGAAGCCUUCAAGAACUACCAGGAGACCGGCAACGCAAGCCGGGCAAAGACUAUGCUCAAAUAUGUUGUGUUGGCAAACAUGCUGGCGCUCUCCUCCAUCAACCCUUUUGACUCUCGUGAGGCGAAGGUAUAUCAGGACGAUCCAGAGAUCAGUGCCAUGGCAUCGCUGCGAACAGCUUACGAGCAGAAUGACAUUGGCACAAUUGAUCAGCUGUUGACCAAUCCGUCCUACCGGAUCCUCUCCGACACCUUCAUUCGCACAUAUCUGCAGGACUUGCUGCGAAAUAUUCGUCUGCAGGUUCUGCAGAACAUCAUCAAGCCGUACAGAUGCGUCAGCUUAGACUUCCUCGCAAAGGAGAUAAAUGUCGCCAAUGAGGAGGUUGUCUCCCUCUUGGUGCAGCUGAUCCUUGAUGAGAAAAUCGCAGCUCGCAUCGACGGCAUUGAGGGCUUCGUGCAAGUCAGCUCUGGCGGGGGCGAGAAAGCAAAGCAGUUUACUGGCCUGCAGAAGUGGGUCGACUCCUUCGAGCGGAUUCACAACAGCCUUCAUACCAAGCUUAACCAAAUGCAGCAUUGA